GUCGCAUUAUUGUCAAAGAACAAAACCAAAAAAAAGGUCUAAUUGCAGGUAAAAUAUAGAUAGCUCGCCACCCUCGAAACUUCUCUUAUUCUCUCUGUAUGCUUUAUUCUCAUCUCUUUUUCCCGACAAAAGUAUAGUCUCUCAACUCUCGAAAAUAAGACAUGGACGCCGCCGCGACCGCGAGUUUGAUCCGAUCUUCCGUCUUACCACUUAAAACUUCCGACAACGGUGCUGGAUCUAUGUUCCUCACGGCCAGUGGCCCUGGGUUCACGCGUUUUGGUCCGGGACGUCAACUUCGUUUCAGGCAAAAUGCGUUUGCUAGAUUCUCGAGACCGUUGCAAAGCUCAACAACUCGGAGAAGCUUUGUGGUAAAAGCUUCAGCAUCUAAUGAUGAUGCUUCCUCCUCUGCUGCUAAACCGAUCGCGCCGCUUCAGCUUGAGUCUCCUGCUGGUCAGUUUCUGUCUCAGAUUCUGGUGACUCAUCCUCAUCUCGUCCCUGCCGCUGUUGAACAGCAGCUUGAGCAGCUCCAGACUGAUCGUGACUCCGAGGGUCAGAACAAAGAUGCAUCGUCCGCGCCUGGAACCGACAUCGUUCUCUACAGGAGAAUCGCUGAGUUGAAAGAAAACGAGAGACGAAGGACACUGGAAGAGAUUCUAUACGCAUUGGUGGUUCAAAAGUUCAUGGAAGCUAACGUAUCACUCGUACCAUCAAUCACCCCAUCAUCAUCAGAUCCAUCUGGUCGCGUUGAUACUUGGCCUACCAAAGUAGAGAAACUCGAGAAGCUUCACUCAUCCGAGAUGUACGAGAUGAUCCACAACCAUUUAGCCUUAAUCCUCGGUCCCAGAAUGGGCGACCUGGCUUCCGUCGCACAGAUAAGCAAACUCAGAGUCGGCCAAGUCUACGCCGCUUCCGUCAUGUACGGAUACUUCUUGAAGCGGGUUGACCAAAGGUUUCAGCUCGAAAAGUCGAUGAAGAUUCUCCCAGGUGGGUUGGAUGAUAGUAAAACAAGCGUGGAGCAGCCGGAGAACGUGACUUUUAAAGCUGUGUCGUCUCACCCUGAGGUCGGUUCAUUUGCGGGUGGAGUUAGUGCUAAGGGCUUUGGUAGCGAGAUUAAACCGUCUCGGUUAAGGACGUACGUGAUGUCUUUUGAUAGCGAGACGCUUCAGAGAUACGCUACCAUUAGAUCAAGGGAAGGAGUUGGGAUCAUUGAGAAGCACACUGAGGCAUUGUUUGGUAAGCCUGAGAUCGUGAUUACUCCUGAAGGUACGGUUGAUUCAUCCAAGGACGAGCAGAUAAAGAUCAGCUUUGGUGGAAUGAAGAGGCUUGUCUUGGAGGCUGUGACUUUCGGUUCGUUUCUUUGGGAUGUUGAGAGCCAUGUAGAUGCAAGGUACCACUUUGUACUGAACUAAAAAAAAAUGGUAUGUACACUUGUAAUGGAUAUGACUAGCUUAUGUAACAUUAAAAAAUAUGCCAUUAAGGGAAUCAUUACAUUUAUAUAAUAUGCUGAGUUGGAAUA